AUGCCUAAAUCUGCCAUAUUAUUUAUUUUAGCUUCAAUUUUAAAAUUUACGUCAUCAUCAGAUUGGGUAGUAGAUGGAGUUCUAGAGUGUAAAGAAAAUAUUCAUGGAUUAGGGGAGUUUUCGUUCCUUCUACAAGAAGCAAUCAUUCACUUCUAUGAAAGAGAUUAUGGCCAGGAUAGUAUUGUUGAUCCUGAUGAUUUAUUGGAUGGACCUGUCUUAACUGACAUUAUGGGGCAUUUCCUAGUUAAAAAACGCGGCGUCUAUGAGAUGACCGGUACUCCAGACCCUUACUUACAAAUUGACCAUCUAUGCUAUACACCAACAUCUAAAAAGCCACUCCGAAUGGUUAAAAUAAAUACUUAGCAAAUCUUUAGUCAUUACUAAUAUUAAGGGAUCAUAUAAUAAAAAAGGAAAAUGAAAUAGGCCCGACUCUCAGUUGGGGUUCUAAGUGUAAUUUUGUGUGCACAACAUGGUUGUCGCCCGAAACACGGCCUUUUUUGUACCCGAAACCCAAAAUAAAAUUUUCCAACCCAAAACCCAUGACCCGAUAUUUUUUCCAAUCCGAAACCCGUGACCCGAAUGAAAACGCUCAAACCAGAUAUCCGAAACCCGUACUCGAAAGUUUUUUGUACCCGCG